CUCGACGAAGAGCGACGAGAUUGGACGGAGGGCGACGACGAGCUAUAGACUCUGGACAGAGGGCGACGAGAUUGGACGGAGGGCGACGAGCUGCGGACUCAGGUGGUUGCGAGCACUGCCUCGCUGAGUCGGAGGCUUGGAGUGGAGGCCUGCAUCGCGUUGCUGGGACAAAGCCGAGCCGGCGUUGCUUUACUGGGUCAGAGCCGAGGUCGGCGUCGACUCCCCCCGUUUUGGGUCAGAGGCGACUGCUGAGGCCGGCUUCGCAGUUCGGGAAUCGGGAUGGAUGAGGCAGGCGUUGCUUCGCGCGGAGGAGAAUCGGAGCGGAGGUGGUCGGCUGGUCGCGGUCUCGCGGAGGAGCACUCGCUGGCGGAUGCAGUCGAUUUAGGGUUUGGGUCGGCGACGGCUGCUGUGCGAAGUUGGGAUGGGAGAAGUGAUGGUUGGCGGGUACUUGGCCUGCGACUGCAAACGAUGGAGAGGGCGACUGGCAAGAGGCCGAGCGAGGCUUCCUGCAACCCUAGAUGGACUGGGCCGGCUUGGGCCGCUGGGGGGUAGUGAGAGUGGGCUUGUCUUGGCCCAUAUGGGCUUUGUCUUUUGGGUCUGGUCUGUUUUUUAUUAAUCCGGUCUUCCGGUUUUUAUACGGUUUUGACCCGGACUUGAUUGGUCCGUGUUUUUUGCUAAUUCUAAGACCAAAGACGGGAUUGGAUUGUUUUACAUCCAGUCCGGGUUAUGCGGUCCGGUUUCCGUUUUUUUAUCCGGUCCCGGUCCAAAUGGCCAGCCCUACUAUGAUGGGCGUGCAACAAUUCCCAGCUCAGGUUGCAGUCAGUGGUGGUGUACUUGAAAGGGAACUAGCUAACUGUUUUAUUGUAAUUUUUAUAUUGGUAAUUAGGGGUAGUUUAGCCAUUUUGAUAGGGAUGGGGAAUGGGCGGGUUGGGUACAUUUUGGUCUCAAAUUGACCCACUCGCUUACUAGCGAGUUGGAAUAAUUCUGACUCGCAAUCAACCCACAUACCUAUGCGGGUUGGGUUGGGUGGGUGGUAGAUGGGUGCGGUUGGGUCCCGAGUCAACCCGCAAAAACAAUUCUCCAACUAGCCAUUAAGAAAGUUUACUAACUUUUAUAAUAAGUUCAUAGCAAAUUAGUAAGACUGUAUCAAUAAUCCGUGAUUUUGAUACAAUUAAUAAAUUUAUAAUUUGCAU